AUGGCUGAUCAAGACAGUGGCAUUGGUCUGGAGAGCUCCAAAGAAGUUUCUUCAAGUCAAGACAAUGGACAAUCUAAAGUGGAAGGCGGUAUCAUCAGCUGCCACAUACCCAAAGCUUCCGACAACCUACGACAGCACACGCAAGAACAACUGGAUGCCAACAUCUCUGACAUCAUGACAGAGGAUCCAUACCGCAGCUACAACCACAAAGAGAUUGCAAAGAUCACUGGCUCACUGAGUCAAACACUGAUAGCCUCACUCCAAGAGGAGCUGACUCAUGCAAAACAACGCAUCAACCAGUUAGAACUGAAAGCACGGGACCAACAGGAAGGGUCCGAUGAGGUGGAGCCAGGCGCCAAAGAGGAAAUUGAAAGGCUUCAAGAAACAUUGACAACCACCAGCCGAGAAUUAGAACAAGCUAAGGCUGCCCAAGAUGAUUUGGUCAACAAGUUACAGUAUGCAGAGCAGCUACUGGAAAAAGCCAAAGACCUUGACAAACUGGCCAGGAACAUCAACAAAUUCAACCCAAAUUUGGCAGGAAGUCAAGAUGUCCAGGCCUACCUGCAAGAUAUGGACUUCCAUUUGGAAAUGAGAUCCAACGUGACAGACAGAGACAGACUCUAUUUGCUUCAAACAACAUCCAGUCCUGAGAUGCGAAGUUUUUUGUAUAGACAGCCUAUACACACCAAGUCAGACUUCCACCUCCUCCGAGAAAGCCCUAUUUAAAGAAUUUGCAGACCCAGAGGCAGACCAAGGACUGAUGGCCACCCUAGAAACCAAACAAGGCCGGCAUGAGACACCCCAAGCCUUUUACAACAGACUCAGACGAGCGUAUUUUGGUGCACGCAAUGAACCCAACAUGGAGGA